ACUCUCGCACAGCUGAUCGCAUAGAAAACAUUUCAAUUUCCUCGGUUCUAUUUUUUCGUUUUCAUUCCUUCGCACAUAUUUUUUGUUCACGAAUUGGCCAAAAUAAAUGGAAUAAGUGAAUCUAAGUGAAGUGCAACAAAGGUUAGAUAGCCCCAGACGUUUGCGAUAAUCUUAUAGAUCCAACAUGUCUCUGCCCCGCAUCACUGACUACGAUCUGCUGGACAAGCUCGGUGUAGGCAGCUAUUCAACUGUAUACAAGGCUCGCCACAAGAAGGACCGCAGCUACCAUGCUAUCAAGAUUGUAGAAAUGUCGACUCUUUCGAACAGUUCCCGUGAAAAUCUUAUCACCGAAAUCCGACUUCUGCGCUCUCUCAACCAUAAGUAUAUUGUGACACUACAGGACUUCUUUUGGGACGAUAAAAAUAUUUACAUUGUUCUUGAGUUCUGCAAUGCUGGCAAUCUAUCAGCAUUCAUUCGUUCCAAAAAAGCGUUACCGGAGUCCACUUGCCGGUAUUUCCUACGUCAAUUGGCGGCUGCUGUGCAGUAUAUGCGUGCCAAUGAUGUUUGCCACUUUGACUUGAAACCUCAAAAUUUGUUGUUGACACGUAACUCCAAUGUAGUAUUGAAGGUUGCGGAUUUCGGUUUUGCGCAACAUUUGAAGUUAGGCGAGAUAAAUCAACAGCUAAAAGGGUCUCCUCUCUAUAUGGCACCGGAAAUUGUUCGCAAACAUCAAUACGAUGCGAAAGCCGAUUUGUGGAGCAUCGGUAUAAUCUUAUAUGAAUGCUUAUUCGGCAAAGCACCGUACACAUCAAAAAGUAUUGAAGAACUGUUACAGCGGAUACGUAGCGCGGAGAAAAUUACGAUACCAGCGAAUGCAAGUAUUAGCAAUGAGUGUCAAGAUCUACUCUGCCGUUUACUGGAACACGAUCCGGCCAAGCGUAUUUCAUUUGAUUCUUUUUUCAAACAUCCAUUUAUAGACCUUAAAACGCUACCAACAGAACAGACCUUACACAAAGCAGCAGAACUUGUCACCAAAGCUGUCGAAUAUGACGAAAAGCAAAAUUACAAAGAGGCUUAUUAUCUAUAUUGUAGUGCGCUACAAUAUUUUGUGCCACUAAUUACUGAGGAAGCAGAUGCUAGCAAGCGAUUGACGUUACGCAAUCGUGCACUUACCUACCUCAAACGCGCCGAAGAAAUCAAAAAUGUUCUAAUCGAUACUGAAUAUAAGGCCGCAGCGGUAAAAGACCAGCAAAAAACCGGCGAGCAAAAGCCAAGCACCUCAACACCACAUUCCACACAACAGCCGCAAGCUAACAUAGCCGAAGUGUUAGAGCCGGAUGUGCGUUACAAGCAGCUAUUUGCUCUAUCACACUCGAGUCCGCAAUUGAAAAGUGCUCUAGAAAUUGGACGCCAAGGUGAGCUUUACUUAUACGAAAGAAAAUUUAGAGCAGCACUGGAUGCGUACACUUCAGCCUUGGGUAUGUUGGUACCCUUUACAAAUAACGAACCAAAGGGCGAGCGUAGAAACUUACUUUUACAACAGUUGGAGAUUUGGAUGAAAGAAGCUGAAAGCAUUAAAAGCAUUUUAUCUGCCAAAGAAAUGGUAGAUGAACAAAAAUUACCAUCGCUAAGCUGUUUCAACAACUCAUUCCAUUCAAGUCAACAACAACCACAAUGGUUUUCAUACGCAUACAAGUUUUUAACUUUCGCUACAUUUUUAAUUGUACUUUUUAUUGUUUAUGUACACAAACUAGGCUAUACAAAUAUAUUUAUGCUUUUAUUAAAGUAAUAUUUAAAUACAUUAAAUUUCAAAUAAAUAUAGUCUCAUUCAUACAAAGCUUAA